AUGGGCAACAUGCGCAACGUCUCAGAGGAGUGGUUCCAGAGUUUGCACAGCUGGCACCUGGACUUGUUCUUCAUCCCCACCACCCUCCUCACCAUCGUCACCCUGCUGGCCAACCCCGUCCUGCUCGCGUGCAUCCUGCUCAGCCACACCCUGUGCCAGGAGACCCGCUAUCUCCUCGUGGCCAACACCCUGGCCGCUGACAUCGUCUUCCUCCUCCUCAACCUCACCACGGUGGUCUGCAACGCCCUGAGCGUGGAGAUGCUGCGGCUGCUCUGCGACUUGGUCUCCGCGGCGACGGUCACGGCCUACUGCUGCGCCAUCCUCACCGUCACCCUCAUGGUGGCCGACACGUACGUGGCGGUGCGCUGGCCGCUUCGCUACCACGACCUGCUCCCGCUGGCCCGCACCAGGCGCAUCCUGGCAGGGGUGUGGGUGGGUGCAGCCAUGUACCCGCUGUCCCAGGUCAUCCUGAUGGAGGUGAUGGGGGACAACGUGCGUCAGAGGCCGGCCAUGUGUCUGGUCCUCAUCUCCCUGGGCACCAUGGGGGGGAACACCAUGGUCGGGGUCCAUUUGUACUUUGCCACCGGCGUUUUCCUGUGCACCUUUUUGAUCCUGUACUGCUACAUCCGCCUCUACAUGGUGACCAAGACCCAGGGCAUCUGGCAGAGUCGCUACUCCCGAGCCCGGGUCACCCUGCUGGCCCACGGGGUUCUGCUCCUGCUCUACUUUGGACCGGGCCUGGUGUUCACCGUGGAGCUCUUCCUGUUGAGGAACGAGCGAGUGAGCCUGGACGUGCGCGUGUGGCUCAACACGGUCAACAUGUGCGUGUUCACGCUGCUACCCCGAGUGUGCGCCCCCUUCCUGUACGGUUUGAGGUACAGGGAGAUCUCGGACACUGUGCUGCACCUGCUGCAUCGAUGCUGGAGGCCCAGUCAGGUCACUGGGGUCUAG